AAUUUUAUACUUUCUCAGGUAGCACCACACAGCUGAUUCGCUGAUAAGAAAAAUUUUCGUAAACAAUUAGAAAUUAAAGACGCACGCUAAAGUUAUGAUGAGUGGCACAAUUCAUGGAUUAAGUUGGUUUCCACAAUUUCCAGACAAGUUUGUAACAUGGGGACAAGAAAUAAAACUCUACGAGCGCACACAACACGAUGAUAAUCGACGCAGUGCUUUACCGAACAUUUCCGCCAAUUUUUUGGCCACCGAAACACGUUACCAAUAUGCACGUUGUGUACAGCCCUCAUACCACAAGAAUCGUCCCAUUAUCGCUGUCGGCUUGGGUGAUGGCAAAGUGGGCAUAUGUGAUUUUCAUGAAACUGUCGACAACAGCUGGGAGUUCACACCACGCCAGCAACGCAUGUGCCUUUGUCUAGCUUGGAAUGAGUUGGACCACAAUGUAUUGGCCAUAGGGCACGAUCGUCAUCGCUCAGACUCAUGCAUCACAAUUUGGGAUAUUGAACGUGGUGUGCCCAAGGAUUCUGUUAGCUUCUUUGGUCACUCCGAAUCUGCACACUCUAUGUGUUGGGACAAAAAUCAUCGCGUACUCAUUGCCGGUAUGAGUCAGAAACAAAUCAAGCUUUUCGAUUUGAAGCAGGGCAACACCACUUGUCAGUCUAUACAAACGAAAAUGGUGCAUGGUCUAGCUGUAGCGCCAAAUGGCAAUUAUCUUUGCUCCUAUUUGGACUCUGUGAUUACUUUAUGGGACUUGCGCGUGCUCGAUCAUCCACUAAAGAUUAUACAAUCCGGCAAAAAUCAUUUACAACUCAGCUGGUGUCCAACACGCACCAGCUUACUUACCUCGCUACAACGUGAGUCACCCUUCAUUACACUCUAUGACAUACGCAGUGUUGACGCGGAGAGCAGUCGUGAGGUGUACCACGUCAAGCGUCAAUUGCAGCCAUUCCAACCCAAAUACUACACAUCAAAUAAACCACCUACACUAACCUCACUUUCAUGGCACAAUACGGAUUACGAACGCGCUUUGCUAUUAUCGGAGCAAGGCAACAUUUUGGAAAUUCGCUUACCGCUCUCCCUACUCACCACUUAUAGCAAUCAUAAGAAAUUACCACUUCUACCACAGCGUCCAUUGGCUAUCGCCAAUUCGCCGACACGUCAAAAUAGCAGUCAGAGCACUUCGUCUUUAACCUCAACAUCGCUAAUGAAUUCGGCUCUUAAUUUUGAAAUACUUGAUCAUAGUUUAUCCAAAGAAGAUUUAGUUGAGGAAACCUAUCAGCGUGCUUUGAGCGAUUAUGGGCUCAAAACUGAUAUGCAUGUGGAUAGUUUACCGUUAACGCCUUAUUUAAAGAGCGUUUGGCUCACGCUGGGUAAUUUAUAUAGAGAAGAGCGUUUAACGGGUCUUAAAAGUGUAUUGGGCAUUAAUUUGGGACACACAUCUGAGGCGUUAAUGGCAUCGUCACGCAUAGAGUCGCAUGCGUUGCAAUGGCCGGAUUUUAUCAAUUCAAAUAAUUUGGUGUGCUAUAGAAGUGAACAACGUGAUAUUGCUCUCAAGCUUUGUGGCUGGGUUUUCGAACAGGAUCUGGAGCGUUUCGUGAAUAGUUUGUGCGAAAAUAAGGAAUUCAGUCGUGCCGCGAUGAUCUGCGUUUUUCAUUUAAAAAUCGUCUUCGCUUGUGAUAUACUCUCAAAAGCGGCUGAUCUCUCACGCAACUCCAAGGAUCCACAUGAUGCAAGCAUGUUUCGCAUAGCGGCGAUUGCGCUCUCCAGCUUCAAUGCGGAUCGUUGCAAUUCCACUUGGCGCAAUCAACGCUCGAAUGCGAAUAAACAAAUACAGGAUGCGCAUUUACGUGCGAUUUUCUCAUUUCUCACCACCGAAAAUGAUAAUUUCGAUGCGGUGUUGACCGAAGACGGCAUUUCGCUCGCCGAUCGUGUGGCUUUCGCUUGCAAAUACUUGUCGGAGAGCAAAUUGUCCGACUAUGUGAAACAGUUGAUACAGAAAUCGAUUGAAAAUGGUGACUUAAAUGGCUUGCUGCUCACUGGUGAAUCGCUAGAUGGCAUAAAUAUAUUACAAGCUUACUUGGAUGGCACCUCUGAUGUGCAAAGUGUUGCGCUUAUAGCGGUAAAUUACUUUCAUCGCGAGCACUUUACCGAUAAUCGCAUACAGUACUGGAUUAGCAGUUAUUUGGACGACUUGAACUCUUGGGGCUUGUGGGAGAAACGCGCUGAAUUGGAUAUAAAAAUUGAAAAUUUGCGCACUGGCAAACGUGCUACACGCAGUGUCUAUCUCUCAUGCAACUUUUGUGGUAAAUCGGUCUCAAAUGCUUUGCAGGAGGAUGCGCGCAUGCGCAGCGCUUCUUCGAAUGUCAAUAAGCUCUCUAGCUGCCCCAGUUGCCGUAAGCCGCUUCCACGCUGUUCUCUUUGCUUACUACACAUGGGUACCACGCUUAAUAUAACGCUACCCAGCGAUGCGGCGCAUGAAAGCCUUGGCUGGCAGUCGAAACCGUUCUCCAAAUGGUUCUCUUGGUGUCAAACCUGCCGUCAUGGCGGUCACACCGAACACAUGAUGCAGUGGUUCAAACAAAACUCCGAGUGCCCGGUGAGCUCCUGUACUUGUCGUUGCUUUGACAUGGACGGCACCAUACCCAAUGACAUACCCGACUAUUCGUAGCUUUAAACAAUGAGUUUAAACUAAAUAUUAACGAAACUUAAUGAAUUCUUUAAUUAGUUUUAAGUUGAUAUGUAUAUGUAAAGUAAACGCUUUUCAGUUUUUGAACAAAAACACUCAAAACAUCAUAACCUAACCUCUUCACUCAUACAUCUCCUCACUUCUCACUUCAACCCCAGCUCAUUUCAUUGUAUUCACGCGUUUUAAAAAAAUAUCAUUUUACAUACUCCUUCCUCACAAGCGCCUUCUUCAUUAUAUUACAGUUCCUUUAACCUUGUUUUACAAUUAAGUAAAAUAUGCGGUACUUUAAAGUACUUUAAAGACAAAUUACCGUAAAAAAUUGAAUAAAUGGCAUUUCUACUUUUAAGUAGCUUAAACA